AUGGCCCCCGGCGCCGCCCUGGCCCUGCACUUGGCCUUGGCCCUCAGCCUGUCGGGGCUCGGGGCCGCCAGUCGCCACUGCCCCGAGCUGCCCCUGGACGGCUGCUUGUGCACCGCCGAGCGCGGCCAGGGACCCGGGCGGCCAGAGCUGCGCAUCCGAGUGGCCUGUGCUGGAGGAGACCUGGUGGCCACGCCACAGCCCGACCUGCUGCCCCGUAGGACCGUCAGCCUGAUCCUGACUAACAACAAGAUCUUGGGAGUGAAGAGUGGGGCCUUCUUGGGUCUGCCGUCGCUGGAGAGACUGGACCUGAAGAACAAUCUGAUAAGUGUGGUGGAGCCCAGAGCCUUUCUUGGUCUGCCGCUGCUCAGACGUCUGGACCUCUCAAAUAACAGGAUUGGAUGCUUGACCCCCCAAGUGUUUGCUGGACUCAAUGGUCUUCACAAACUGAAUUUAUCAGGAAAUAUUUUCUCCGGUCUAAUGUAUGGACUGUUUUCUGAGCUCUUAGCUCUCAAAGUUUUACACUUCGGCACUGACUCACUCAUCUGUGACUGUCAUCUGAGAUGGGUCUCAGAAUGGGCUAAGAAUGCAUCAGUUCGACUAGCAGAGGAGACCAUGUGUGCUUACCCUGAUGCUCUGAGAGGCUGGCCUCUGCGCAGCCUUCGAGAAGACCAGCUGACAUGCGCUGGGCCACUAGAACUGCCACUUUUUCAGCUGAUUCCGUCACAGAGCCAAGUGGUCUUCCACGGGGAUCGCCUGCCAUUCCAAUGUACUGCCACCCUAGUUGACAACACAACACAGGCUCAUUGGUACCACAAUGGGCGAUUGAUUGAAACAGAUGAAGCCCGGGGCAUGUUUGUGAAGGAGAGCGUCAUCCAUGACUGCAGCCUGAUCACCCGGGAGCUCACUCUUGCCAGCAUUGGCACUGAUGCCACAGGAUCCUGGGAGUGUCGGGUCAGCAAUAUGUAUGGCAAUAAAACCAAAGGGGUUGAGAUCACGGUGUUGGAAACCACAGCGCCCUAUUGCCCUGCAGAAAGGAUUGGUACAAAGAAGGGCGACUUCAGGUGGCCCAGAACCUUGGCGGGGAUGAUGGCCUCUCUCCCGUGCCUGCCUUUUUCACUGAGCCUGGUGUCCCUCCGCAGCGGUCCCGAGGAGCCCAGGGCUUGGCGAAGGUGCCGCCCGGCAGGCCACUGGGAUGAAGCCAACCUCUCCGAGUGCCCUCCUCCCCAAGAAGUCAUGCAGGUGAUCCUCGCCUUUGCUACGAUGUAUAUCAAUGCUACCAAUGUGCGGGAGUUCUCCCUCCAGCUGGCUGCUUACACUGGAGGCGCUUCCAGCUUCACUGGGAAGAUGGAUAUCAUCCACCUGGCCCAGAUGAUGGAGAAGUUAUUGGCCUUUCUGGAUGAAGUCAAAGAAGUCGGAGAUGCUGUGGUCCAAAUUGGGAGCAACCUCAUGUUGGUCGACGACCAUGUGCUGUGGGCGGCACAGAACGAGGACAAAGCCUGCACGAGAAUCCUGCGAUGCAUUGAGCAUGUAGCUGACCAGGCGCUGAGUGGUGGUGCUCGGGCACUAUCCAAGGUCUCCCCUAACAUAGCACUGGAGGCCUUGGUCAUCCAGCCUUUGAGCUUCAGAGGAGUGAGCUGCAUAGUCUUCCAGAAAGCUCCUGGGGAGGUGAGCCUUCAUCCAGAAGAAACCUUAAGUUUGAAAUGUGACAAUUCUGGAGCACUGUGGGAUGGAUGGGCAAAUCUUCCUGCCAAGAACGCUGCCUCGGCCGACGGCGUCACUGUGGUGGCCUCAGUCCAUCUGCCCCGGCCGGUCCCCUUCGCCGGAGCCCCCGCCCGGCAAUCUGUUGAUAACUCCACCUGCAAGCUGAAAUUGAUCGUCUUUCGCAAUGGGAAACUCUUCCCCAGCAGCAGUAGCUCGGGCCACUGGUCCAGCCUUGCGGCUGUCGGGAUGUGGAGGUCGGUGGCCACUCCAGCUGUCUUUGCGCAAAUAGAUGGGUGCAGCCUCAGCAACCUGAGCGCUCCAGUCAUUGUCGGUUUGAGGCCCUGGGCACCAGGGCUGGCACCCGUGGCAGCUGCUUGGGAUUUUGACCUUCUCGCGGGACAUGGAGGCUGGCGAGGAGACCGGUGCCACCUAGUUGGCUCAGCGGGAGACCUCCUCACUCUUCAGUGCCCGCACUGGGGCCACUUCGCAGUGCUCAUGGAUUUGAAGACGGUCCUUUCCUUGCCCGAGGCCCCCGGGGAGUUCCUGCACCCCGUGGUGUACGCGUGCACCGCUGUCAUGUUACUCUGCCUCUUUACUUCCAUCCUCACCUACAUCGUGCACCACAGCACGAUCCGAAUCAGCCGCAAGGGGUGGCACAUGCUUCUCAAUUUCUCCUUCCACACGGCUCUCACCUUUGCUGUCUUUGCCGGGGGCAUCAAUCGCACCCAGUACCCGAUCGUCUGCCAGGCUGUUGGUAUCACACUCCACUACUCCACCCUCUCCACGAUGCUGUGGAUCGGUGUGACUGCCAGAAACAUCUAUAAGCAGGUGACGAAGAAGGUGCCCCAGGGCCCGGGGGGUGAGCAGCCUCCAUACCCCAAGCAGCCACUGCUCAGAUUUUACCUGAUUAGCGGAGGAGUCCCUUUGAUUAUCUGUGGAAUUACAGCUGCAACCAACAUCAAAAAUUAUGGGCCGGACAGUGAUGGUGCCCCAUACUGCUGGAUGGCCUGGGAGCCAAGCCUGGGGGCCUUUUAUGGGCCCGUGGCCUUCAUUGCGCUGGUGACCUGUGUUUAUUUUCUCUGCACCUAUGUCCAGCUGAGGCGCCAUCCAGAGCGCAAAUAUGAACUCAAGGAGAGGAGAGAGGAGCAACAAAGGCUGGCGGUCCCGGAAGCCAGCCAUGGUCACCUGGGGGACCCCGGAGUCGGCCCCCCCGCAGCCUGUUCCGUGAUCUCCGCGUCCCUCCUGGAGAAUGAGCAUUCCUUCAAGGCUCAGCUCCGGGCGGCGGCCUUCACCCUCUUCCUCUUCCUGGCCACUUGGACCUUCGGGGCUCUCGCCGUGUCCCAGGGCCCUUUCUUGGACAUGAUUUUCAGCUGUCUCUAUGGAGCCUUCUGCGUGACCUUGGGGCUCUUCAUUCUGAUUCACCAUUGUGCCAAGCGAGACGAUGUCUGGCACUGCUGGUGGUCAUGCUGCCCUUCCCGGAGAAACGCCUACGCCAGGCAGGUCCACGCGCGAGCCCAGGUAAAUGCCAACGGGGAUGCCCACAUCCACACCCCCUGUCUUCAGGACUCCCCGUGUUUGAGCAAAGCCGGAGGCUUCGCUCAUGCCCCAGGCGGCCACUGCAAGCUGACCAACCUGCAUGCGGCCCAGAACCACGUCAACUGCUUGUCCCCAGUCACCCCCUGCUGCGCCAAAAUGCACUGCGAGCAGCUAAUGGAAGACGAGGCCCACAUCCACGUACACAGGGAGGACGCCUUCCGGCCCAACACGCACCUGCACCGGUGUCUGAAGAAUAGAGUCAAGCCCCGCUACUUCAGCCGGCACCGGGCAGCGGCGGCGGAGAGAGAGUACGCCUACCACAUCCCGUCCAGCUUGGACGGUGGCAGCAUCCACAGCUCCCACACAGACAGUCCCCACAGUACACACGAGGGCCAGCCCGGGCACCACCGGUCCUGUUGCGGCCAGGGUGACCCCUUCCCCACCAUCAACCAGCCCGAAAGCAGUGACGCCAGCACCGUCAUAUGCAGCUGUACCCAAAUGUCCGAGGGGGAGGUUGUGCCCCACGCAGCUCACUUUGAAAUGCACCCGCGGACACAGGCGUUACCGUGUAACACAGCUAACCACAACGGGCUGCCCACGGGGAACCUGGAGGAAGCCAUGGUGUACGGCCCCGAUAGCACGGGAAAUAUCAAAACGGGCCCGUGGAGGAACGAAACGACUGUGUGAU